UUGGCCCAAGCUUGCCCCGGAAGUGAAAGUGGAGGACUGGCGUGUGUGUCUGGAGGAAUCUGUCGGUAACAUUUUUUUGUAGCGGGUGAUUAGAGGUUUAGAAAAUGGACACGUUAAACAAAUUGAAGCAGUUUGACGCUUAUCCUAAAACUCUGGAGGAUUUCCGAGUGAAGACGUGGGGAGGAGCGACCGUGACUAUAAUCAGUGGUGUCAUCAUGCUAAUCCUGUUUGUCUCUGAGUUGCAAUACUAUCUGACUAAAGAGGUCCAUCCUGAGCUGUAUGUCGACACGUCACGGGGAGACAAACUCAAAAUCAACAUCGAUAUUAUUUUCCCUCACAUGCCGUGUGCCUAUCUUAGUAUAGAUGCAAUGGACGUGGCUGGUGAGCAGCAGCUGGACGUUGAACACAAUCUGUUCAAACAGCGGCUGGAUAAAGAGUUCAAACCUGUCACCCAGGAGGCAGAAAAGCACGAGCUUGGUAAGGCUGAUGAUGGCGAAGUGUUUGAUCCCAGCACGCUGGACCCAGACAGAUGCGAGAGCUGCUACGGAGCUGAAACUGAAGAUCUCAAAUGCUGCAACACCUGUGAUGAUGUGCGGGAAGCGUAUCGGCGGCGAGGCUGGGCGUUCAAGAGUGCAGACACCAUCGAGCAGUGUAAAAGAGAGGGUUUCACUCAGAAGAUGCAGGAGCAGAAGAAUGAAGGCUGUCAGGUUUACGGCUUCCUGGAAGUCAACAAGGUGGCAGGAAAUUUCCACUUCGCUCCAGGAAAAAGUUUCCAGCAGUCUCAUGUCCACGUGCACGCUGUGGAAAUACACGACCUGCAGAGUUUUGGCUUGGACAAUAUAAACAUGACCCAUCUGAUAAAACACCUGUCGUUUGGUAAAGAUUACCCCGGUCUUGUUAACCCCCUGGAUGGGACCGAUGUCACAGCACCACAGGCGUCAAUGAUGUACCAGUAUUUUGUGAAAAUUGUUCCUACCAUCUACAUGAAAACUGAUGGCGAGGUGGUAAAAACAAACCAGUUCUCAGUCACCAGGCACGAGAAAGUGGCCAACGGGCUAAUAGGAGACCAGGGGCUGCCAGGCGUCUUUGUUUUAUAUGAGCUGUCACCCAUGAUGGUUAAAUUCACAGAGAAACACAGAUCCUUUACGCACUUCCUAACAGGAGUUUGUGCCAUUAUUGGAGGAGUAUUUACAGUGGCCGGUCUGAUCGACUCGCUCAUCUACCAUUCAGCUCGUGUCAUCCAGAAGAAGAUAGAGCUGGGGAAGACAUCCUAACAGCGCUCCCCAGUGGCCUCCACGGUGCAACACAGACCAAGACACUGACAGAGCCAGAAGGACAGAGAGAAGAAGGGCAGAAAGGUGGAGGGAGAAGUUUGAAAGCGGGAGCACAGCUCUCCAUCUCUCUGUCUUCUCUUAGGUCGAGGGAGAGAAAUGCAGAGAGAGACAGAGGUUUUAAAUCGUCCAGGUUUUAAAUUUCUCUGCCUCUUUUUUUGUUCAUGAAAAAGUCUGGAGAGGAACUUGUGCGUUUUUGAAUUUUCCUCUCCACACA